AUGUUGGUAUACGUGGAUGAUAUUAUUCUUAUGGGAAAUAGUUCCAGUGCUAUCGAGAAUGUCGUUCAUACUCUUAGCCAUACUUUUGCACUUCAAGAUAAGGGUCCUCUAUCGUAUUUUUUAGGGAUUGAAAUUGUCAAACAAGGGCAUGAUCUUCUUCUAUCUCAAAAGAAGUACAUUCUUGAAAUAUUACAGCGAUCAGGAUUAUCUCAUGCCAAACCAGUUCUAAACCCGAUCACCACAACUACAAAUCAAUCUCUUGGUGACAGUCCAGAGUUUGAUAAUCCAGUUAAAUAUCGCCAAAUUGUCGAAACUCUUUAG